GGCGCGGGCGGAGAGGCAGCGAUGUAAACAAGACACUGAGGAUGGAUAUUAGUAGUGAUAUUGCAAAGCUUAAAGUGUCGGAUGAUCUCUUCAAAGGUGUGAGGUUUCAUAUCACAGGAAAUGUAUCCCAGGAGGUAUUGAAACUUUUGACAGAUGGAGGAGCUAAGCAGGAUGCCCACAUCACAGACUAUAUGACCCAUCUUAUCACAGGAGAAGAUCCAAAUGAAAAUGAUAUUGGAGAAGUAAAGGAUAUCUAUGAAAAACCAGUGGUGAAUGAGAGAUGGGUUAUUCUCUCAGUUAAAUGUGGAAAACAGCUGCCCUGGAAUGGGUUCUCGCCCGACACAACACAGAUCUUCUCAGGAGUUACAGCAUGUGUGUCUCAACUUCCGUAUGCAGACACCCUGUCUGUGUGGGGCAUGAUAACAUACCACGGAGGACAGUUUUCUCUUCAGCUGAAUAAGUCCUGUACACAUCUCAUUGUGGGUAAACCUGAUGGGUCAAAAUACAAGUGUGCACUAGAGAACGAGGAGGACAUCACCAUUGUGACUCCUGAUUGGGUGCCAGAUUGUGUUGAGGAAGGAAGCAGAAUUGAUGAAACUGAGUAUCAUCCUCGUCUUUUAAAACUGCCAAAAUCACUAGCCAGCCAAGUACCACAACCACAGUCAAGACCAGCCAGAGAACAAAAGAAGAGACAGACCAGAAAGGAAGAGCAGAAAAAAGAAGAGGAAAAUCAGAAGAUUGAGCAAGCAAAGGCAAAGGAAGCCCUUAGGAAGAAGGAGGCAGAGAAGAAGUCAUUAUUUGAUGCUAUUGAAUUUAGUGAUGAGGAAGAAGACAGUAAGAAAGGCAUCUCCUUGCUUGACCAGCUGAAGAGCUCGCAAACCUGGAGGCAGCCGAGCACUAAACCCACGAUGACCACUCGGAUGUCUGCUGCUGCUGCUACUGCCACCACUACUGUUACUCAGGAUAAGCCCAAAACUCCACUAACAGCUCCCAUUUCAGCUAAGGUUGUGACAUCACCACUACCUCCAUCAUCAUUACCUCCAGUUACACCUCAGCCAACUACUGCCCCCAAAGAACCAAUCCAGACAAGUGAAGGCCUGGCAGCUCAAAAUUCAAGUCAGAUUACUGGUCAUCCGAGCACCCAGCCAUCUACAUCAGGCUCAUCUCAGUCCCCUCCAAGCAGCAAGACCUUGACUGACUUACCACAGCUUCCCCAAACCACAAGUUCAGUGGUUGGUCCAAAGAUCCCUGAGACAUCUGCUACCAUGCCAGUUACAGCUCAUGCCCAGCUUAUUGGUCAGCAUUCUGUAACAAAUUUGCCAGUUUCUACACAACCUGAUGUCCCUCCAGUAAUGAUGCCUCAAGGUGUUGCCUCAAGACCUGUAGGACCUGCCCCCCCACAUCUUGUUCCUCCAAACACUGUUCGUCCUAAUCUACAGGUUGCAUCCCGGGCACCCCUUCCAAAUCCUGUGAGAGCACCUUUAAACCCGUCUCGAACGACUCCUCCCACUCCCAACCGCAGUACUCCCCCCAACACAUCACGUGCCACACCUCCCAUUUCCAGAGCCACUACUCCCAUCACCACCCAGGCAGCCUCUGUUGUGGCUUCCCGGGGAACACCUGGAACACCUACUACACCUUCUAGGGCAACGCCUCCAGCAAAUCCCCGUGCAACUCCACCAAUUUCUGCUCGAACCACCCCACCUGCCACAUGUCGAGCCACCCCUCCCACCAGGAUAACUCCUCCAGUCACUACUCGCCCAGGAGUCCCAGGUGUGGUUGGACCUGGACCCCGAGUGCCCACCAUGCCCCUUACCAUGACAGGCCCCACUGUGCGCUCACCAGGAGCAGUGUCACAGGUGGCACCAGGAGCAGUGCCCUCACCCAGUAUGCCUAGCACUAUGCCAAACCAGCAAGUUCACUCAGUUGCCAUACCAGGUGCAGUUGUGCGCCUUCCUCAAGGAGUAACACCACAGCAGUUGCAGAUGAUGACUCCAAAUGAUCGUCAAACAUUCCUUCAAAAGCUUCACCAAAAGCAGCAACAGGAACAACAAGCAAGAGGAAAACCUAGAUUAGGAAAGCCUCCUGGUCCUCAGUACAAACAAGGUAUUCGCUAUGCACCUGCAGGCCCCAACAUGCACACUCCAGGAACCCCACCUGCACCCCGGUACUGCAGUUUCCACAUGGCCAAGUGGAACCCCAGCUACUCCUGGCCUCAGACCCACCAUGACUCUGUAGCCCCUGGUGCUGUUGGUGUUAACUACCCAGCCAACCAGAUGCGGGCCCAAGGUCCUGGUGCACCUCAGGUUGCUUCGCCCAGCACUCCAGGUGAAGGUGUACGACCUGGUUGGCCUGGUCAAGGCCAGCCUCAGUACCAGGGACAGCAUCCUCCUGGCACACGGCUGGUUGUAGGGCAGCCAGGGUGGCAGGCACAGCAGCAGCAGCAGCAGCCACAGCAGCAGCAGCCACAGCAGCAGCCUCCUCCUCAACAAGCAGGGAUGAGGCCUCAAGCUCCACCUGCUCCUAAUCAGCAGCAAAGUCCUCAUGGUUUACUUCCUCAACACAUGCAGCAGCUUCAGUUACAAAUACAGCAAUUAUGUCAGCACUUUCCCCAUUUGACUCAUCAAGAUGCUUCUCAGCUCAUCCAGAGGAUUCCUGCCCAUUUCAGGCACAUUCAGCAGUUAGACAAUGCCCAACGAAGUGAAUACCUAACACGGCUAGAUUCCAAAGAAAGGCAAGUGGUAACAUACUUCAUAUUGAGAAAGCAGCACCAGCAGAUAAUUCAGCGGCAGCAAAUUCUUCAGCAGCAACAACAGCAACAGCACCAGCAGCAACAACAACAGCAGCAGCAACAGCAGCAGCAACAACAGCAGCAGCAGCAGCAGCAGCAGCAACAGCAAGCAGAAGGUGGGCACUCCACAACAGUCACCUCAUGCUUGGCAGCAACAGCCACAGCCUGGACAACCACCUGGUCAGCAACCAGCUGUGCAGGGACCUCAGUAUCUACCCAUGCCUUCCCAGGAAGACCAAUCUCAGGUCGGCCAAUGCCACAAGGGUACCCUGGAUGUCAGCCUGCAGGGGUGGUGUCUCCUGGCCAAGGUUCGCCCCAUAUGGUGGCCAGUGGUCAAUUAACGCCACAGCAACAGCUCACACCACAUGUAUCACCCCUUGCAUCGCCACAUGGCCAUUCCCCCAUCCAGCGUCCUGAUGGUCCAAUGAUGACUCAUGCUGUCCCCAUUCAGGGCUCUCCUGUGCCUCCUAAUUUGGUCAAUCAACAAAAUUUAGUGAAUCCAAAGACAAAAACGGCAUUAGCCAUACACCUCACCAACCGACUGGCAGGUGGGGUUCACCAAGGAGCUGUUCCACCUCCAGCCCCUCAAACUCCCCAGGCCUCUCAGACUCCUAUGGAAGUUCCUGCACAUGUUGUACAAAAGCCUGGCAUGCCACCACAAGAAGCUGUUCAAGUGCCAGGUGGUGAGGCAGUGUUGGUGUACCAUCGUAGGGCUCUUGGGAACAUCACUGGCACUGUCACCAACAACUUGGUGCGGCCAUCUGUACCAGGCACACCUGCUGGCGUGGUGUCUGCCCAUGGUUACCCUCGCCCACCACCACCCUCACAUCCUGCUGCUCCUCCUCCUGUCAUGGCUCCUGCUGCACCACACUAUCCUCGGCCUCACCUUGUUGGACACGACACCAGCUUCAUGUUGCCUCGUGAGUUGUGCCUGGUGGGGUGUGUGUUUUACAUAGCUGACUAUCAUGGGGAGGUGAAUACAAAAACACUUCAUAUUUGGAAAAGACUUAUUCACCAACAUGGAGGGGAGGUGGUGUCUAUCUAUGACUCAGCCAGAGUCACUCAUUUACUGUGCAAGCACCAAAAGUCACCAGUCUUUAUGCAAGCUGUGAGAGAAAACAAGCGCUGCAUAACAGUAUUUUGGCUCAAUGAUGUACUCCUGAGAGGUAAAAUGGCACCCCCUUGGCAAGCCAUUCACCUUCCUACACCCUUUGCAAAUGACAGCAAACCUUGUAAAGGCCUUCUUGUUAGUGUCAGUGGAUUUGAGAAUGAAGAAAGAGCCAUCAUUAAGGUGAUGUUACAAUUGGUUGGAGCAGAUUACACUGGCUACUUCUCCAAACAUCACAAUCUUUUGGUGUGCAAGAAGUUGGAAGGAGCCAAAGUAAGUAAGGCCCGAGAGUGGAAGCGGCCAGUAGUGAAUGGUGUUUGGUUGAGUGAAGUGCUGCUGGGGCAGAACACUCCUCCACUGGUGUAUCAUGGUACACGCUACCAGCACUACCUAGAUGACCCUCUCAGGAUUGAUGCUUCUCUAGCAUCUCAUCUUUUCAAUGCAUGGAAAUAUCCAAUCAGUGUCUCAAAAGAAUCUGUGGAAAAGGCCAAGGCAAUAAGAGAAGUGGCUUUGAAAAAGAGAAAAGCUGAAGUUGAAGGUGACCAGGAAAAUAAACGUUCACGCUUGGAGCCUCCCCCAGUCCCUCAUCUGAGUGCCACACCGACACCAGUGCCCCACCAACUAGCAGCACCAGGCCAGCUUCCCACUGCUGCAAAUGGCCUUCCUCAGGCUCCCAUUGCACCAGGUGGAGGAGUGCGGGGUAACCUCACUGUAAUUAACAAAGAGCUGCCACCUGAGCAGUUCAGGCCUCGCAUACUGCUGUCCUGUGUUAAGAACAAAGAGCUUGUUGAAAGAAAAGUUUUAGAGUUGGGAGGUUACUUGGCACGGUCCAGUGUUGAGGCAACACACUUGGUGAUGGGCACCACUAUAGCAUAUCGCUCCAUCAAGUUCAUGUGUGCUGUAUCAUCAUGCAACUUUAUUUUAUCCUUGCAGUGGAUUAUUGACUCUCAUGCUGAAGCCAAAUUUCUUGAGGAGGAGAAGUACUUCUUAGAUAUGCCAGAAUUUGAAAAAGUUUUCCAGUUUAGCUUGAGGGAGACUCUGACUAAACCAAAUCGGAGACAGCUUUUCAGUGGUAAAAUAUUCUACCUCACUCCAUCAAUU